UGCUUUGUAUACAUAUAUGUAUAUGUAUAAAUAUAUAUUUUGUAAGUCAAUUUGAACGCGUCUCAGCUGGUGAACAUGAUCUUUCUACAGCUCUGGUGGACCCUAAUGGUGCUUACAGGCACCACCAAUACCCUGGCACCGCAAACCGAGCCGCAGGCGGGCAGCGAACAAUUGCGCAGCUUUCACAAUUCGGUGAAGGAGGCGCAUGAGCAGCUGCACGAGAUUCGCUCGAAUUAUGGCGAUGUGCAGGGCGCCGAGCUAUAUAGGCAUAGGCGGAACAGCAUUGACGAUCUGUUGGCCAGUUUUGCGCAGGCCGGCGAUAAGGAGAUGGCUCCGGAUAAGGAUGAUAAGGAGCUGCAGCAGGCGGCUGACGAUUGGUUUCGUGAUAUUCAAGCGGGCGUCGUGCAUGUAGGGGAAGUAGCCAGAGGCGCCGGAGGAGCCGGAGGAGCCGGAGGAACAGCACCAGCAGCAGUUGAAGAUGCAGUAGCAGCGGCAGCAGCUGGCGCAGCAGAGGAAACCUCAGCGCUGGUUGAUUCCCCUGGCAAAUACUCACGCGGCUCGGAUAAGCUCAAGUCCAGGGUAUAUGGGGACAGCUAUGGCAAAGCCAUGGAGCAAACCGAGGUGGGCAAGGUUAAGAAAAAGUACAAGGACCUAACGGAUAUGAAUCUGCCCGUUAAACAUUUGCCCGAGCAGCAGCCGUACGAGGUGAUACGCGGUGGCGCCACCGAGCUGGAUAUUAAGCUGAAGCAUGUGCAGCGGCUGCUGCACAAUCAGGAAAUGGAGCAGAGUCGAGCCGAUGACAAAAAGAAUGGCAAGCCAAACAAGGAGCCCGGCCAGCUGCAACAGUAUGGCAAUGAGCGAGUGCCAGAUGGUGUCUACGAACAGACGCUGGCACGCCUCCAAGUCUCGCGCGUGCCCAAUCCCAACAAUUUGUCACACGAGGCCAACUACAAGCUGUCCAAGAUCGAGCAAGAGGCAGCCGAACAAUCGGCCAAAACGCGCUAUCCCACCGGCAUUCUCAAGAAGCGCAGCACCGCCACCGGCUUCAAUCCGAUGAACGAGAUCAAGCUGAAGACCAGCAACAGGCUGAUGCGCAAGGGCAUGGGACCCUCGCUGCCCAGCAAUGCGCUUACCGAUACGCUGCGCGCCCAUUAUGUCGAUAAUAUAAUCAUGCGACGCGAGCGGAAGCUGGAGCGGGAGCGUCAGAAGGCACAGCAGCAGCAGUUCCAGCAGCAGCAGCUGGAUGGCGAGGAGAAGAAUUCCCUGGUACCAUCAUAUGAUGGUACGCUCAACGCUCUCGAUGGUAGUGACGGCUCCAGUCUGGAUGCUCCAAAUGUCCAUUUGAUGGACAACACGCCCCAAAGCUACGAUUAUCGUUUGCCACACUUUGAACAGUUCCCCGCACUUAGCCAGCAGCGCAGCUUGCCCAAUCUGCGGGACUAUGCGCAUGCGAAUGCCAAGCUAAAGGUGGAGCGAGAUCGCUUCAAGCGUCAUCCGGAGCAGCUGCUGGAGACGGAUGCGCAGCUGGAGCAGGGUGAAGCUGCCUUGGCUAAUGCGGAGCAGAGUAAGGACAAACUGCAUGAGGCGGAGGAUCUGAUGGCAAAGCUGACUCCUGCUGCAGCAGCAGGCGAAGACAAAGUGCAGGCCAAGCUGGACUUGGCAACAGGCACUGAGGCUAAAGUGGAGCAACAAACAGCAGCUGUCAAGGCCGAAGCCGUCGAUCCCAUUGUGGAGCCCAAGCCGCAGGGUCACACACAAGUCAAGGAGACCGCAACGGAUGUCCAGUCAGCGGAAAAGCAGCUGCAACCGCUCAAUGUUAAUGAGCCCAAACAGCUGCAGGCACAGCCGCAGAUGCAGAUGACGAAUGUGGACCAGAGUGAAGUCAAAUCGCAGGUGGUGGACAAGGCGCAGCCGCUGGGUCAGCUGGCGGCCAAGCAAAAGGAAGACGGCCUACAGAAGACCAGCACUGGCAAACUGAAGCGAGAGGAGCUGCGAAACGUGGCGGAGCUGGAGCCACGCAGCGGCAUCUGCAAGAGUCAUCCGGAUGCCGUAGUCAAGCUGCUGGCCAAUAAGAUCUCACAGCAUUCCAGCGACAAGGAUCGCGACAAGCGUCAUAUCAAACGCUGGAGCUGGCACAGAGUGCAUCGCCAGAAGGUCAGCCGUAAUGCUAACGUGGCCAAUGAGCCACAUCAUAAGCGACGCAGCAAACGCUCUGUGGACCAGCCGCCAGUGGAGACACAAGCGGAGCCACAGUCAUCAGCACAGUCGGAUGAGCCGGCAGGGCCAGAGGCGCAAGCGGAGAUACAGACUGGGCCACAGUUGGUGGAGCCACAAACACUGUCAGAGGGACAGUCGGAUAGACAGUCGGAUAGACAGGCGGAUAGACAGGCGGAUAGACAGACGGAGGCACAGUCCGAGUCCCACUCGGAAGGACAGUCGGAGAAUCUGUCGGAGCUACAGUUGGCGGGACAGUCGGAGGGGCAGUCCGAGUCGCACUCGGAGGGUCUCUUGGAGGGUCAGUCAGUGCCGCAGUUGGGACCAGGGUCAAGAACUAAAAGACAUCCAAAGUUGGAGCCACAAUCCGAGGCACAGUUGAAGCAACAGGCAGACGCCCAGACCAAUGCGCAGUUGGAGCCCCAAGCACAAUCUCAGUCGGAGGAACAGUCGGAAGGGCAGUCAAAUAGACAGCCGCAAUCCCAGGCACAGCCGGAGUCACAGUCGGAGGCACAGUCGGAGGCACAGUUGAAUCCACAAUUGGAGCCACAGUCGAGAUCGAAAAGAUAUCCAAAGUUAGACGCACAGUCCUAUCCACAACUGGAGCCACAAUCUGAGGCGCAGUUGGAGCCGCAGCUCUCGCCGCUGGCCCAGUCCGAUCUACAGGACGUCACCAAGCGCAGCUCAAAGCUGUUGGAUUCCUUUGAGGAUCAUAAUGGCAAUCGCGUGCGUUUUGGCAGCUUGGGCAACGGCAUGUUGACGCUGGAAACCGAGGAGGAUAACGAGAGCGACGGCCUGCCCUAUCCGCGACAUCAGCGCUCGAGCUUUAAGAAAGAGCAAGCAGCACAGGAAGUGGGCACCUUUGACAGCAAUACGUUCUCCAAUUCGCGCUAUCAGGUGCCCAUGAUGAAUCAGCGCAACAAUAACUUGCCCUAUCAGCAGCUACAACAGCUGCCGCAGCCGCAGCAGCAGCAGCAGCCUAGUGUACCGCAGCAACAGUUGCUGCCGCAGCAGCUGCAGCCAUGCCAGCCGCAAGUGCUGCAGCGACAACAGCUGCAACAGCCGCAACAGCAGCAGCAGCUGCAGCAGCAGGUUAACAGUUUAAAGGCCAACUUUAAUUUGACGCACCUGUUCAAUGAGCUGGCCAAGCUGCAGAAGCCGACAAUGGCGCAGCAGCAGCAAGAGCUGCAGCAGCAGCAACAACAGCAGCCACAACAGCAACAACAGCAACAACAGCAGCAACAGCAGCAACAGUUGCAUCAGCAGCAGCAACAGGCACAGCAACAGUUUUUGCCACAGCAGCAUCAGCAGCAGCAGCAGCAGCAGGCGGCGGCAAGUCUGGAAACGAAUCAGCUGAAGCCGUUGUAUGGCGUGCAUCGUUAUUUUGGGCCGCUCUUUAACAAGGGCAACAAGCUGAAUGUCGUGAAUGAUCCUUGCGUGACAAUAACACCAGCAGCGGGAGCGGGUGCGGGAGCAACAGCUGCUGCAGUCGGCGGCAGCACCUUAAAUCCGGACUGUGUGCCCAUCUCAACGGAUGCAACGGCAACGAGUGCAAUGCCAGCCUCGGAAGAGCAACAUUCAUCGAAUGCCUGCAACAGUCCCGAUGCCGUCAAGCUGAAUGUAUCCCUAAAUGCGCGCGUCUGCUCCGAUCCGCGGACCAAGCAGAUCUAUGGCAACGGCUCGAUUUGUGUGCAGCCAAGCCAGCAGCGACUCAAUGCGGAUGCCUACUAUACGCUGCAGGAUGCACUGGUCGAUGACAACGAUGAGGACUUGGACAGCGAGGAGCGUUACUCGCGGCAGGCCAGGCAGCGCAGCGAGGAGGAGGACUGCAAGGAUAAGGAUAAGCCCAAGACGAAGACCAAAAAGAGUAAGUCGUCGGGCGGCAAGCGGGCCGAAAAGAAAAAGUCGGCUGCCGCCAAAAAAGCUAAAGCUAAGCAGGCCAAGAGCAGCAACAACAGCCACAACAACAGCAGCAGCAGCAGCAACAGCACCGGCGAUGCAGAUGCCAAGUCCAGCGGCGACUGCUCUGGUGGCCCUCGCAAAUGGGAUCUAAACGAACCGUAUUCCGACAAUUAUAACAAGCUAAUAACGGGUCGGCUGUCUCAGGAUAUUGUGACUGCUGUCUUCGAUAUGGUCGGCAAUGAUCCCAGCCUGGAUCCGAUGGUCACGGUGCUGGCGCGUAACAACAAGUGCGCCAUGAAGCAUCCCAAGAACUUCUAUCAGAUACGCAACAAUAAGAACGAGCAUGAGCUGCAGGAGAAGGAGGAAAUGCUGCGUCGCACCAUGGAGUCCAUUAGCGAUAUUAUCGAUAAGCAGAUGCAACAGCGCAAUUGCAUACCCUUGCGUCCCGAUCUGGUCGAGUUCUACAACAUCAUCAUGAAAACGAUGGCCGAGCAGCAGAAGUCGCGGGACAAACGUGAUGCCAAUUUGCGUGUGCUCGCCGAUGAUUACAAUCAGCAGGUGCGCAUCCUGGAGCCGGCGAACAUUGAGCAAAAGUCACGCAUUGUCAAGAAGCUGUUGCGCCAGUACGAGGAAUUGCCGCUGGAGGAGCAACAGCAUGUGGCCACUGUGCGGGACGAGCUGCUCAUGGAUCUCAUCUAUUUGCGCAAAAUGUCGGAUACGCUGGAGCGCGAACAGCGCGAUGCCCAGCUGCGGAAUGUGCUGCUCAAGAGCAGCAUCAGUGACGACGUCAAUGAUCAGCCGGCUUAUCAGGAUUAUACGCCACGCUUUAUCAAGCUGCUCAGGACGGCGGAGAUCUUCAAGGAGGUGGGCGAGCAGCAGGCAAGGGCUUUCAUUGGUCUCUAAAUGCAAUAUUUUCUUUUCUGUUUUUCUCUUCAUUUGAUUAUUAAAAUUAUUUUAUCUUUAUAA